AUGCGGCGACACAGGCAGUGGAGAAACCCGCGCAAAGCCAGCAAACACCUAGACAUCUCAGAUGACCUACUUUACGAUCUCGCAGCAGUUGCUCUGUGGGGCACACUGGAGGAGGCCGGGUCUGUGCUCACAAGCAGCAAGGUGGUCUAUUACUUACUCGGCAACGCCGAACACGAGCUCCCAGAGACUCUGGCAAGGCAGAUAAUGAACACUCUUCUUGGUUGUCGGGACAUUACUUGUCGGGCAGAGGCUGAACUGACAGCACACUGCUACCUAUGAGCCACAUAUUUUAUAUAUAUAUUUUAUUAUGCUUUUUCUUAAAGUCCAUAGGUACGUGAUACCUGCAAGUCUCACAGACCAUG